AUGGAAAAUAAUACAGAGCAUUCUGAUCAAAAUAAUUUCACUCCCCUGACCGUGCAAGAAGUAGACGUAGAUUUUUUACCCAUUGUUUAUGAGAUCAUAAGAAGCGUGGAACGUGAUUUCCACGAUAACUCUGCCAAAGCUCGGGAGUCGCAAGAUUGCAGUCAGAAAGUGUUAGAAUUACAAAAGAAAUUUGAUGUCGCCCGUGCACAGAUAAAGAGACUACCUGGUAUAGAUUAUAACAAACAGGACCAGUUGAAGCAGUUUGAAAUACUCAAGACACAGUUAAGACUGAAACGUGAACUAUUGCAGAAGUAUCGUAAUAUGUGCUCAUUUGAAACAUCAUUCAAGUGA